CCUCCAUGUCCUGUUCCUCCCUGUCCCUUUUGGCAUCACAACAAAGCCUGGAAAACGUAAACAAAGGAAGAAAAAUAAAGAAAAAUAAAGAAAAACAAGACAACCAGAGCACGGAGAACACUAAAAGAACAGAAUAACAAAGGAGAAGACUAAUAAGAACCGCCACAAAGCUAAAUAAAGGUGUGAACAGAGGAGGAAAGGCGUUAAAACAGUAUGUGUAACCAGAGGCUCCCAAAGAAGUGUGUGAAGUGACAUGAAGUGUUUAUAUGUGGCUGAAGUAAAGUAAAUCAACACCUCCACCUCCACCUCCUCCUCCUCCUCCUCCUCUUCCUGCAAUAGCCCCAGACAAGCCACAGCCAUGGAUGGAGAUGACAGUGCUGGUGAGGACGAGGGUGCGUCACUGCAGCGUCGUUUCAGCCGGGAGGGCCUGGAGUGGGGUGCGGUGGAGGGCGGGGAGCGCGCCCUUCACGUGUGGCGGUGGCUGGUGGACGCCGAGGCCAACCUGAGGGCGGCGCGGCACAUCAACGACAAGCUGCGGCGACAACACGAUGAAGAGAAGACGGAGUUGGAGGAGUACUCUGAGCACCUACGGCAAAGGUGUGAGGGCCGCGUGAGGGAGCUGGAGGAGGAGGUGAAGGCCCUCAAGGACGACCUGGAGGCGCUCCUGGCCGGCACACAGGCUGUCUCCGCCAUGCUGGAGGCCGAGGGGCUGCACGAUGUGGCCCAGACGUCCCUCGGAGAACAGAUUGCGUACAUACUGGUGGAGAGGAAGAAGCUUGUGGAGGAGUUGGCCUCGGCGCGCACCAGCCCAGCCACGGACCGGGAGAAGGACCUCACCACGCAGCUCAUCAAGGCCUGUACGGAGCUUGAGGUUCUACGGCAGACACACAAGGCCACGCAGACGCAGCUUGGGGGUCUCCAGGAACGCCUGUCGCUGCUGGAACGCGCCUCUCGACAGCUUGAGGCCGACAACGAGACCCUGGCAUUUAAGCUUUCCGAGGCCCUGGGCGAGAUAGAGGACAGGGAGGGCCAGCUGCGUCGCCUUAGCAAGAGCCACCACUUCCGCCGGGGUGAGUCGCCUCGUGCCAGCGUCCGCAGCUUGGAGGAGGCGCUAAUCCACGGCACUCCUGGAACUCAGAGUCUCAGGGGCCAGCGUGACACUGCUCCGGCCCCUCCGCUGGCACUCUCGCUCCACCGCCGGGAGUCUGGACGGUCGAGUGGACGGCGGAGGAGAACAAGUGGCAACAGCAGAAGGGGUAGCGUGGGGGGUGAUGGUUCCCCUACACACAAGUACCCAUCCCUUCCUGACCCACCCCAGCACCCACACACACACCCACACGCCAGCCCCCAGCCUCCCUCGGCCUCCACGCUGCAGGAGAACAAGAAGCUACAGGAGGAGGUGGAGCAGGUGCGUCGGUCCCUGCUGGAGGUGGGUGACAGGUGCGAGGCGGCCAUCGUCAAGUACGAACUCUACAAGAUCAAGAGUAAAGGGAAGAUUCACGCCCUCAAGUCGGGGCAUGCUAGUGAGCUUGAGGCGGUGCGGCGAGAGGUGAACAAGCUGGAGGCGGAGGUGGCGCUGCGGGGAGACCAGCUGAGGGCGGAGGACACACUCAGGAAGCGGCUGGAGGAGGACCUGGACAAGCUGAGGCUGGAGAGGCAGGAGCUGGCGGCCAGGGUAAGGGAGAGUGAGAGGGCAACGCAGGAGCACACACAGCAGGUUGCCCUUCUGCAGGAGCGUGUCAACCUGCUGAAGGAGGAGAACGACCAGCUGGGGGAGCGUCUGCAGGACCUGAGUGUGACCGCCAUCGUGGGCUGACUCAGAGGACUUACGGAAGAGCCUGAGGGGGGGGCUGAAGAGGGGCUGAGAUAAGGAAGCAAUAGUUGUAAGUUGCUGUUUUGUACUUUAGGUAAAAAAAAAUGUUAGCACAGUUAGUUAGUUGGUCUUGAUUUUGUACUUUUAAAACAUACAAAGAGAAUGUUUACUAGGCUAUGUUUAAGGGUAACUCGCCAGAUAAGAAUAUAUUAGCAUACUUAUUUACAUUAACAUAUGAAGAGAAAGUGCAUUUAACCCGGUAGCAGCGACGGGCCAAAUUUGUGGCUUUACCGUGUACCAGCAACGGGCCAAAUUUGUGGCUUUACCGUGUACCAGCGACGGGCCAAAUUUGUGGCUUUACCGUGUAGCAGCAACAGGCCAAAUUUGUGGCUUUACCGUGUGCCAGCGACGGGCCAAAUUUGUGGCUUUACCGUGUAGCAGCGACAGGCCAAAUUUGUGGCUUUACCGUGUACCAGCGACGGGCCAAAUUUGUGGCUUUACCAUGUAGCAGUGAUGGGCCAAAUGUGUCCCAUGAUAUAAACCCCCCGAAAUAGAUGAUACAUAAACUGAUCACAAAUGUGUUGAUAUAUAUUAUGAAAUGGUUUGUGUGAGUGAUGAUUUUUUGCUCAUUUUUCUCGCUUAGAGGGACCAUUAAGAAUCAUGAUCCCCGCUGCUGCCGGGUUAAUUAACAGCAUUCCUUUACUGACACGGGUAAAAGCUGCCAUGACCAACAUUUUUAUUGCCUCAAGUCUUUCUGGUAUUCCGUCCAUAAGUAAGAAAAGUAAGUAAGAAAAUGUGUUCUGUAGUGCCUUUUGUAGUGACUUGUGAAUGUAGUGGCUGGCCGAUUAAGUGUAUGGGUCUAUGGGCCAUAUUUUAAACCUUUCAAGACCCAAGAACACGACUUUGACAACGCUUUCACGGGUGGUUUGGGCAUUUCCAGGGGUAGUUCUUUGACCCUGGUGGUAGUGUGACAAAGCUUCUGUAACAUGAACGUGGAAAUAACAUUAAUCACAACGCUAUUAAUAUCCUUUUCGGUCUUUGGAAGUAGCUGAUGUGAGAGGCGGGAGCGUCUGAAAAUACCGGCCUAUGGAACUGAUGGGUACCUAAUGGUGGCUGUGGUUGUAGUGUUGGACAAUAAAGUGAUGGACAGUA